AGUAAGGGCAGAGCUUGGAGCCACUGAGAGAUAGUGACUGCAAUGGGAAAUAUCUGCCCAGGGAAUACAGUAAGUUUUCAGCUCAUUAAGUUGGAUAAACAAAUGGCUUACUCUAGGAGAUACUGGGAGUGAUGGAUAUCAUCAGGAAGACAUUAGAAAAUCAAUAAAUACAGAGGGGAAGUGGAGGCUCACUAAUGGGACACCAUGAAAUUCACUUGAAGACAGAGGAAAUUGAUGUGGAGUAAAAGUGGUGUGUCAGAGACAGUAAGAAAGAUGGGCAAUGCCAUGAGAAGUAUUCUCGCCUUCAUUCCUUCUGAGCGCUGUCAGCGUUUCUUAGUUGGGGACCUGAAGGAGAUGCCACUAGAUCGGACGCUGGACCUGAGUAGCCGGCAGCUGCGUAAACUGCCUGUUGCUGCCUGUGUCUUCAAUGAGUUGGUGAAGCUAUACCUGAGUGACAAUAAUCUAAGCAGCUUACCAGCUGAAGUGCAGAGCCUGAGAAAUCUGCAGCUCCUGGCCCUUGACUUUAACUGCUUCGAGGAGCUCCCUUUAGCUAUAUGCAGGUUGCCCCAGCUCAGCAUCCUUUACUUGGGUAAUAACAGGCUUUAUCACCUCCCCAUAGAGCUGAGAGAGCUUAGGGAACUCAGCACUCUGUGGCUGGAAACUAAUUGCUUCACUAUUUUCCCUAAGGUGGUUUGUGAGCUCUCAAAUCUCAAGACCCUACACCUUGGAUAUAACCAGAUACGGAGUUUACCCAAAGAAUUUGGACAACUGCAAGAGCUGCGAAGUAUCUGGCUUGCUGGGAACCAGCUGUCAGAGUUCCCACCAGUGUUGCUUGAAAUGCAUUCUCUGGCUGUUAUUGAUGUGGACCGGAACAGAAUACGCUAUUUCCCUAGCCUUUCUCACAUGCAGGGGUUAAAACUUGUCAUCUAUGACCACAACCCCUGUGUUAAUGCCCCAGCAGUGGCUGAAGGAGUCAAAAGGGUUGGGCGCUGGGCUGAUAGCUCAGAUGAUGAGCAGGAAGAUGUCAGUUCAAAAGCAGCAAGUGAGACUACAGCUGAGGUUGUGGAAAUCCAUCCUGAGGAGCAACACAACAUUCAAGGUUAAAGACCAAAG